GAAACGGGUGACACGACACAGCAGAACGAACUAUAGACACACCUCCCACUUCUUAAGAGUAAUCAGAUGUUAGAAUUUGCUGCUGGCUGGGCCAGUUAGGGUGAUUUUACAGGAGUCCUUUGAGAGAAAACUUGACAUAUUCCUAAGUACUAAGGAUAGUAUUUCACUGCGAUUUAUCAACUUAUUUCUCUUUUUCCUCUAUUACCGUUAAUAUAAUUAGGUUCCUACCUGGAGGCAUCGGUGAUCCACUGCUAAUUGAUACGGAAGCCCGUUAACUGAAAGCUUCGAUUAUGUCCAGAACCAUUUGGACCAUUUUCAUCUCAGUGCUCAGUUCAACUGUUACGUUACUUCUUGCGUGUUUACGGUAGUUUCACGUAACUAGGUAUAAAGUCAAACCUUUCACCCAACGGGAGUGGAUUUUUAGUGACAUUGUGGUAUAAAAAAAUGAAGUUUAGUCCUAGUCUAUGAGACAGAAACAACAUGAAGCGAACGCAAAGGAAUCAGUCGGUUUAUAUCAGCUCCUCACAAACAAAUUGGAUAUACACGGCCUGAUGGUAGUGUGCUCAAUAAUUCCUUAGCUUAGUGUGAUAUAUUUGCUUUUUACACAUGGUCUUGAUGCAACUAUGAGGCUACUUUCUGUUUUGAAUACGAGAAAUUCUGGGAUUUAGACAAUCGCAAAGUCACCUGGGAGUAAUACGUCUUGUGUUUCUGUUGGCUUUGUGAAUUUACUUUCUAGAGGCAGCCUAAUAAUAUCAACUAGUUGGUCUGCAUUCUCCUCAAAUGCACUAAUAAUAGCUGUAUUUCUUACUUUGUUCACAAAUAUCUAAAGAAAAGACAUAAACACAAAAUCAAUGUCCUGCUAUGGUUAGGCUUUUACAAAAUAAUACAGCUUACAACUAGUUGAUUAUAUAGUAGUUGCCAAGUUCAGGUUUGCCUGGUCACCCAGUGAUUAUUGGAUUCUAGUGAAAAAGUCACAAUUUGGUUACCAGUCUAAGUGACAUGAUGUCUAAAAUCAAUUUUUAAAAAAAACAAUAAGUUCACUUAAACUGAAAUGUAUCUUGCGAUGAGCUCACACAAAUAUCAUAGAUUCUUCCGUAUUAAUCACUUUAAGUAGUGGUUUAUCUAUAUAGAUUUACAUAACGUUUAUAUUCUUGAACUGAUUGCAACUGAAAAAUUAUUAAAGAACACUACAUCACAAAAAUCAUUAAAUCAUAGGAGUGCUGAUGUAUUGCUUAACGCGUUUGUCAUAAAUAGAUUAAUCGAACUACUGUUAUCAGGACCUUCAUAUUUGGGAGUGUAGAACUUUUUCUGACAAGAUCUAAUUGAUAUUUCUACUAGUCAUUUUAAGGAUAGGUAACAAACUAAACAUCAACCAAUAUGUUUAUGUCCGCCAUAUAAUAGUAAUUUAAGUUGUAUUUGUUUCUUUUAGAUUGUUUUUGUGCUUUGAUUCGAAUCUCAUGAUCGUAUUUGGAAAUUCCCUUCGUGUCAGUCAUCUUACUUUUCUUCCUAAACGUUUUCUGAGUAUAAGUCAAUUAAAAGAAAGAAGUCUUAUAUGCGUUCAUGGCACAUCAGCCGAUGAGUUUCUACAAGGACUUAUAACAAAUGAUAUCAAAUCUAUAAAUCAACCUAAUUCAUUCAUGUAUUCAUUGUUUCUCAAUUCGAAGUUUUUUUCAUUAUAUAUUUUAGGGUAGAGUUCUAACUGAUGCAUUUAUCUAUCAUACUAAUCGUUUAUCGACUAAUCAGUCUGAUUAUCUUGUUGAAGUUGACGUCAGUUGCGUACCUGAUAUGGUUAAACACUUAAAGCAAUAUAAUUUACGUGGGAAAGUUAAGAUAGACGCCGAUUUAUCAGUGUAUCCUUGGGUCGCUAUGCCGACAUCAAGACACUCGAAUCAACUGAAUAAUUAUAAAGCAUGGUUACCAGUGAAUUCACCUGAUAUUAGUGAUCAACAACAGUUGAUAUUUUUCGCUUCAGAUCCUAGGGGUAUAUCUGGUUGGUCUGGACGCAUACUGUCAACAUCUAGUACAAAUGUCACUAGUAUUUUCCCAUCAUGCAAUACACAACCACUUGAUAUAAACCUGUAUCAUAAUGCACGUUGGGAAUUGGGCUUACCAGAAGGUAUUAAGGAAUUAAUUACAAGUGAUACACUACCGUUCGAAGCGAAUGCUGAUUUAUCCGGUGGAGUUAGCUUUUCCAAAGGAUGUUAUAUUGGUCAGGAGUUGACGGCACGAACACACUUUACUGGAGUCACUCGACGAAGAUAUGUACCGAUUAAAAUAGUGUCGAAGGGGAAUAUUGAUGUUUUAAAAACAUCAAGUAGUGUCAGUGAUUUAUACAAUGCACCAAUUUAUCAAAUGGAUAAAAAUGAUCAAACAUAUGAAUUAUCCAAAUUAAAAUUAAUUGGAUGGAUUCGAAAUGUAAAUAUGAAUAAAUUUAUUAUGAUAAAUAAUAAUGAUCAUAAUGAGAAUGAUUUCAAUAUUGAUAAUGAAUUAAUUAGUGGUAUAGCAUUGAUACGUUUAACUGAUAUCAAUGAACAACAAUAUAAACUAGUAGUAAAUAUCCCGAUUCAUACUGAUUGUGAUCAUCAUCAUCAUCAUCAUCAUAAUACUACUAAUAAUGCAAUACAAUUAGAUAUUAUUCCAUAUAUACCAUCAUGGUGGCCUGAGAAUAUAGCGCCAACAAUUAAACGAAUUACAUGUACAUAAAUCAGUUGUGUUUUCCUAUUCCAUUAGAUGUUAUAUAAUCUUAUUUAAAGAAAACAAACAACCAAACAAACUA